AUGAAUUGUGUGGCCCACCAACACCACUACAAGCACGAAUUAGAGAGGAUUCGCGUAAAACCCAACGGGAGUGAAGUUGAAAUUCAUGUGCAAAGGAAACAACGCCAAGGAUCGAACCGUUCUGACCCAGAGGAGGGAGGAGAGAAUGCGCGUCCAGAUGCGCCGUCAGCGGUUCAGCGAGUGCUGGAAGCCGCACAACACCACAGAACAGCGCCAUGUGGAAGUUCAUUUUGGGCGUCGCAACGACAGGAAGUGAUGCACCAAGUGGAGGAGGAGAAGGUGUCUCUGGCUACUGCGGCGCUGCUGGUUGUGGCUUUUUCCAAAGCCGGAGAGCUGACAGGACCCCUCGCGAUAGCGGUGGCUCGGCGGCUGUGCUCUGCCUUUAGGGCUGCGGCUCGAGGAGCCGCCAGCCCACUGCUCUUAGAUGACGCUGGCCCCUCACGUGAAGGCGUAUUGACAACAGAGGCGGAAAAAGCUGACUUGAGGGCCCAUUUCUCGGAUGGUGCAACGGUUCUACUAGCCAUGAAGGAAGGGGGCUUGCUCCAAGAUCCCGCAGCUUGUUUUGCCGCUCGAGAGCUACAGGAUGAGUUGUUGGCGUGUCUGCAGCCUCAGUGGAACUCUCUGACCUUCUCGCAGUUACGUCGUCUGUUUUUGCUGUUGGGAGCCACUGCAGAGCCCUUGGGCCUCAACAUGGCAGCAGCUCGGGAGCUGCUGAUUGCAGCAAAACGGCAUUUGAGAAAGAUGCAAAAGACGACGCGGAGGCUUUUUGAGGAAGGCGAUGCUCGCGACACUAUUGCAUUGGUUUGGCCGCUGGCGAGUGUUUCUGCAGCCAUGGAUAUUCCGACCCCGCAGAUAAGCAGCAAUUCGAGAGCUGUCCUUUUUUCUGCGCUUGACUGCAGUGGCAGCAGCAACGAUGAUGUGAAACUGUUGCAAAGAGACAGAGAUAUUGUGCUGCAUCUACUUAAAGAACAGGCCUAUCGCGCUGUGUCCUCGCGGCUGCCCUGCAGUCCUUUCGACCUUGCACUCGUCAGUUCCCUUCAUGCCGAUUUGACUGUUACCGUUGUUGCUCUCAGCGGUGUCGUGGAGCGACUAGGACAGCAAAGUUGCGCGGAAUACGUUUUGGCCGCCUUCUCGAAAGCGGCAGCUGCGGCAAGCUGCGAGGAACUUUGCACUCUAGGCCGAGAUAUGGUAUUGGCGGGGACACGGCAGAAGACCCUGUGGGUGGCUUUCGCCGACGCACUGCAAACUGCUGCUGAACAUCGGCUGCAAACACCGCCUAGCCACCAGCAAAGCAGCACUUCGCAUCACAUUGAAGCUGAGUUAAUUCAGUGGCUGCGAUUUUGUGGCCGAACAAUGUAA